AUGACGCAAAUAGGCUUAAGAGCCGGGGGUGGAGAUGUCGUCACUGCACGCCUGCUGUUGGCCAAGUCGCCUCAAGAGGGGCAAUGUAGACCCCGCCUUGGAGCAACUAUCCACUCUUCUACAGGCUGUCUGUUUGACCGCAGGCUCUGCUCACACCUGGAAGUCUGCAUUCAGGAUGGCUUGUUUGGACAGUGCCAGGCAGGAGUUGGGCAGGCACGGCCCCUUUUGCAAGUUACCUCCCCGGUUCUCCAGCGCUUACAAGGUGUGCUCCGGCAACUCAUGUCCCAAGGACUGUCCUGGCAUGAUGACCUCACCCAGCAUGUCAUCUCCCAGGAGAUGGAGCGCAUUCCAAGGCUUCGUCCCCCAGAGCCCCAUCCAAGGGACAGGUCCAGUUUGGUGCCCAGGAGACCAGGCCCUGCUGGGGAGCUGCUUUCUCAGGGCAAUCCUACAGGCUCCUCUCCUGCUGCCCAGGGGCUCCCUCGGCCUUCAGGGGGUGGGAAUGGAGCUGGGGUGGGCUCCCCACUGUCCUCUCUGCAGGCGGAGCUGUUGCCCCCUCUCUUGGAGCAUCUGCUAAUGCCCCCACAGCCUCCCCACCCUGCUCUGACUUAUGAACCUGCGUUGCUACAGCCUUACCUGUUCCACCAGUUUGGAUCCCGAGAUGGCUCCCGGAGCUCAGAGAGCUCCCCAGGGAUGGUUGGUGUUGGUCACCUGCCCAAGGCUGAAGCUCCUGCCCUCUUCAGCAGAACUGCCUCCAAGGCCAUUUUGGGAGCUCACUCUGGCCACUCCUUCGGGGACCUUCCAGGUCCCUUACCCGCUCAGCUUUUCCAGGACUCAGGGCUGCUCUACAUGGCCCAAGAGUUGCCUGUACCUGGCAGGGCCAGAGUACCAAGGCUGCCAGAGCAAGGGGGCAACAGCCGGGCAGAGGACUCCUCAGAGGGCUAUGAGGAGGAAGUUCUAGGGGGUCGUAGGGAGAAGGCCCCUUCCCAAACAGUACAACCAGAUACAAGUCUGCAGAGAUUUGCUGCUGUCCUGGCAGGCUCUACGCUGCGCUAUGGUCAGCUGACCCCAGAACAGCUUUCUACCCUCCUGACCCUGCUGCAGUUACUUCCCAAGGGCACAGGAAGAAAUCCUGGAGGGGCUGUAAAUGUCGGAGCUGAUGUUAAGAAAACAACAGAAGAACAAAUGCAGAAAGGGGAUGCAGCGGACCCUCGGCCCCCCACACCCUCGCUUCCUGGACACCCUACUGUCAGCCCCACCUCCAACGAAGUCCAGCAGAUGCUGAGUCCUGGCAUCCCCGAGCCUCCCCGAACAGCCAGAACAGCCAGUCCUCCUGGAGUCUCAUCUGUCCUACUGGAGAAGAAAAGUCCCCUGAGCCAGAGCCAGUCCACAGUGGUGGGACAGCCUUCAGCUCGACCAUCAGCCGAGGAGUAUGGCUACAUAGUCACUGACCAGAAACCCUUGAGCUUGGUGGCUGGAGUGAAGCUGCUGGAGACCCUGGCUGAACACGCGCACGUGUCCUCCGGCAGCUUCAUCAACAUCAGUGUGGUGGGACCGGCUGUCACCUUCCGAAUCCGGCACAAUGAACAGAACCUGUCUUUGGCGGAUGUGACCCAGCAAGCUGGGCUGGUGAAGUCUGAACUGGAAGCACAGACAGGGCUCCAGAUUUUGCAGACAGGGGUAGGGCAGAGGGAGGAAGCAGCUGCAGUCCUUCCCCGACAAGCCCAUGGCACAUCUCCCAUGCGCUCAGUGCUGCUUACUCUGGUAGCCCUGGCAGGUGUUGCUGGGCUGCUAGUGGCUUUGGCAGUGGCCCUGUGUAUGCGCCAUCAUUCGAGACAGCGGGAUAAGGAGCGCCUGGCAGCACUGGGGCCCGAGGGGGCCCAAGGUGACACUACUUUUGAGUACCAGGACCUGUGUCGCCAGCACAUGGCUACAAAGUCCCUGUUUAACCGGGCAGAGGGUCAGUCAGAGCCUUCGAGGGUGAGCAGUGUGUCCUCCCAGUUCAGUGACGCAGCCCAGGCCAGUCCCAGUUCCCAUAGCAGCACACCAUCCUGGUGCGAGGAGCCUGCCCAGGCCAACAUGGACAUCUCCACGGGACACAUGAUUCUGGCAUACAUGGAGGAUCACCUCCGGAACCGGGACCGGCUGGCCAAGGAGUGGCAGGCCCUGUGUGCCUAUCAAGCAGAGCCAAACACCUGCGCCACCGCACAGGGCGAGGGCAACGUCAAGAAGAAUCGCCAUCCUGACUUCCUACCUUAUGACCAUGCCCGCAUCAAACUGAAAGUGGAGAGCAGCCCUUCACGGAGUGAUUACAUCAAUGCCAGCCCCAUCAUCGAGCAUGACCCUCGGAUGCCGGCCUACAUAGCCACACAGGGACCGCUGUCCCAUACCAUCGCGGACUUCUGGCAGAUGGUGUGGGAGAGUGGCUGCACUGUCAUCGUCAUGCUGACCCCACUGGUGGAAGACGGUGUCAAACAGUGUGACCGAUACUGGCCAGAUGAAGGAUCCUCCCUCUACCAUGUCUAUGAGGUGAACCUGGUCUCGGAGCACAUCUGGUGCGAGGACUUCCUGGUGCGGAGCUUCUACCUUAAGAACGUGCAGACCCAGGAGACGCGCACGCUCACUCAGUUUCACUUCCUCAGCUGGCCGGCAGAGGGCACUCCGGCCUCCACCCGGCCGCUGCUGGACUUCCGCAG